CCAUCGUGUGCAGCCUGGAGACCCUCCUGGCAAGGUGGACGUAGCUGGGAAGGUCGAGGAAGGUGCCCAGUUUGUCUUAAAGUUCUAACGUUUCCUGGGAAUCCAACCUUCCCGGCCCCAGUGCUGUCUGACCUCUGCCCCCAGCUUCUCUUUCUGGAGGCCUCCUUGUUCCCAUCAGCCUGGCUCCCGUCCUCACCAAAGAUCUCAGCUUCCCUGCUCCUUUUGACCUGGCCCAGUCUCUCUGCUCAGAGCAUGGCUCCUUGGCCGCCAAGGUCUGAGCGGCUGUCUGGGAAUCCUCAUCCUGGCCUUGAUCCCCAUCCUGCUAGAACUGGAGGCAGGACAGCGUCCCCGGGAAGGAAGGAGAUGUCUCAGACGGACCUGGAAACUGCUGACCUCAACUUCUCCCCACCUGCACCUCUGAAAUGGGAUGAGUUCAACUUUCAGCCUCCUGCUGCUACUCUGGGGAGGUCAGUGGAUGGAUGGAUCAGUGAGGGCCGAGUGUGUCUCCAAGAAGUCCCUGGCUGUUUUGCGUCUUCAAUUUUAGAUUUCAGCAUAACAGCAGUGCCCCUGGUACCUCCUCCUGGCCCUUCCCCCACUCGGAGCCUUGGCCAGCUACUUUCCAUUGCAGGAAACAUCUGCUGGGGAGGCCAGGCUCGGCCGGGGGUUACUGCAGGACGUUGGCCGGUACCGUCACCCAGGUCCUGUAACUUGAGGCAUGUGUAGGGCUCUGGCCCUGCCCGCUCACCCGCCCAGCCGCCCCCCUCCCUCCUGCCACGGAUGACUCUUAACAAAGAAGUUGUUUGCUGGUCAGCCGAGAGGAGCUCGGCCUGGGAGGAAAGGGGGGUGUGUACGGGUAGGGGUGGGAGCAGGCCCCGGUGCCUUGGCCAGCGGUGGCCACGCUGCCUGGGUGAGGACCGUGAGUCAUAGCCACCAGCGCCCGCCCAGGGGAGCGAUUGCAUGUCGAACAGGCUGCCUUGUGGGACCGGCCAGACGGCGCUGGGGCGUUGGGCAUCCGUCCUCCUGGGAGCUUGAGACCUGCCACGAGCCACCAGGCUGUGAGUGAGCCGCGGCAGGGCGGGCCCCCGGCGGCCCCGUGCACCUGCCCCGUCGUCUGCGUCCUGGCCGCUCGGAGCAGCUGUCCACACGACCUGGAGAAGGGGCUUCAUCACGUCCCCUCUGGGUCACCCUCAGCCCAGAGACCUGCCGCACUGGGAGCCAAGUGGGGUGAAACAGAGCCCGGCCCCGGGCCUGUCCCGAGAACCAUGCUGACCACACCCGCCCCGCUGUGAAGCUUGGCGCUGGGAACCAGGCUCAAGGGGAGCCAAGGAGGUAUCGAGGGUCACACAGACCCUCUGCCGAGGAGCCCGAAGCCGCCCGUCCACGUCCAGCCCGGGCGAGACUGACUGCAUCCUGGGGGCACGGUGAGGGAUCUGAGCUCGAGGAUCAGCGUUCCGUGGGGAGGUAGCCUGUGGGAGCGAUGGAAUCUCUGACGGAAUCGGGGGUCCUCUGGAGCCUCCUGCUGGAGCAGGACAGCCAGCCUUUGCAGCAGCACCUGGAGAAGCUGACGGAGGGACCUGCCGGUGCAGAAUUCUGCUGCCGGCCCGGGUCUGAGGAGAUCCCCGCCGUGUUAAGCCCCACGUACAAGCAGAGAAAUGAAGACUUCAGAAAGCUCUUUAAGCAACUUCCAGACACGGAGCGCCUCAUUGUUGACUACUCGUGUGCACUCCAAAGAGACAUUCUUCUUCAGGGCCGACUCUACCUCUCCGAAAACUGGAUCUGCUUCUACAGCAACAUCUUCCGCUGGGAAACUCUGCUGACUGUGCGUUUGAAAGACAUCUGCUCCAUGACUAAAGAAAAGACAGCUCGCCUCAUCCCCAACGCCAUCCAAGUUUGCACUGACUCAGAAAAGCACUUUUUCACUUCGUUCGGGGCCCGGGAUAGGACGUACAUGAUGAUGUUCCGGCUCUGGCAGAAUGCCCUCCUGGAAAAGCCGCUGUGCCCCAAGGAGCUCUGGCACUUCGUCCACCAGUGCUACGGGAACGAGCUGGGCCUGACCAGCGACGACGAGGACUACGUGCCCCCCGAUGACGACUUCAACACGAUGGGCUACUGUGAAGAGAUCCCCGUAGAGGAAAAUGAAGUGAACGACAGCUCGUCCAAAAGCAGCAUAGAGACCAAGCCGGAUGCCAGUCCACAGCUGCCCAAGAAAUCCAUCACCAACAGCACCCUGACGUCCACGGGGAGCAGUGAGGCCCCCGUCUCGUUUGACGGCCUGCCCCUGGAGGAGGAGGUGCUGGAGGGCGAUGGGUCCCUGGAGAAGGAGCUCACCAUCGACAACAUCAUCGGGGAGAAGAUUGAGAUCAUUGCGCCCGUGAACUCCCCUUCGCUGGACUUCAACGACAACGAGGACAUCCCCACCGAGCUCAGUGACUCUUCUGACACCCACGACGAAGGGGAGGUGCAGGCCUUCUACGAGGACUUGAGUGGCCGGCAGUACGUGAACGAAGUCUUCAACUUCAGCGUGGACAAGCUCUAUGACCUCCUGUUCACCGACUCACCCUUCCAGCGGGACUUCAUGGAGCAGCGACGCUUCUCAGAUAUCAUCUUCCAUCCGUGGAAGAAGGAGGAGAAUGGAAACCAGAGCCGAGUGAUCCUUUACACCAUCACCCUUACCAACCCUCUGGCUCCCAAAACUGCCACCGUCAGGGAGACACAGACCAUGUACAAGGCGAGCCAGGAGAGCGAGUGCUACGUGAUCGACGCCGAGGUCCUCACGCACGACGUGCCAUAUCACGACUACUUCUACACCAUCAACCGCUACACUCUCACCCGCGUGGCCCGCAACAAGAGUCGACUCAGGGUCUCCACGGAGCUGCGCUAUCGGAAACAGCCCUGGGGGCUGGUGAAAACGUUCAUCGAGAAGAACUUCUGGAGUGGGCUGGAGGACUACUUCCGCCACCUGGAGAGUGAGCUGACCAAGACAGAGAGCGCCUACCUGGCGGAGAUGCACAGACAGUCUCCCAAAGAGAAGGCCAGCAAGCCCCCGACGGUGCGGAGGAGAAAACGGCCCCAUGCCCACCUGCGGGUACCACACCUGGAGGAGGUGAUGAGCCCCGUCACCACGCCCACUGAUGAGGACGUGGGCCACAGGAUCAAACACGUGGCCGGUUCCACGCAGACGCGGCACAUCCCCGAGGACAGCCCCAAUGGUUUCCACCUGCAGAGCGUGUCCAAGCUGCUGCUGGUUAUCAGCUGUGUUCUGGUGCUGCUGGUCAUCCUCAACAUGAUGCUCUUCUACAAACUCUGGAUGCUGGAGUACACCACCCAGACCCUCACCACCUGGCAGGGCCUCCGGCUCCAAGAAAGGUUACCCCAGUCCCAGACAGAGUGGGCCCAGCUCUUAGAGUCCCAGCAAAAGUACCAUGAUACGGAGCUCCAGAAAUGGAGGGAGAUCAUCAAAUCCUCGGUGAUGCUUCUUGACCAGAUGAAGGACUCACUCAUCAAUCUUCAGAAUGGCAUCAGGUCCCGAGACUACAUGUCAGAAAGCGAGGAGAAGAGAAACCGGCAGUGGGACAAUCACUCCAUCCACCACUUGCAUCCUCUGCCCUCAUCCCCCAACUUCCAGCAGGGCUGGCCGCACUCCCCUCCACCUCUAGUUUUCUUCCAGAAGAUGCGAUUUUGGGUCCGGGAGGAGCAUUUUUCUGGAAGGCCAUCUUUUCACGCCCCUGCUUUCCUGACGUGGAGCAGGAACUUGCACACGGUGUAGAGAGCUCCCCCUGCACCUCUCUGCCCACCUCGUUACCUCACUCCUGCUCCGGCCAUGGCUGUGACGGGCCCAGCCAGCUCCCAGUUCCGAUGUUCUGUGCGAAGCUCAGGGGUCUUGGGCAUUGUUUUCUGUUGUGACUUGAGGCCCUCAGCAGGCCUGGGAGCCCGGAUUGGAGCCUUGGCUGCUGGCGAGAAGCACCUUGCCUGCCAGGAGGAGUUUGAUGCCGGACGAUGUACCCGACAUGUGAAGGCGUAAAGGACGUUUUCACCUCUGCCCCUCGGCCCUGCCUGCUUCUCUCAACACGAGGAGACGCUGCAGAAGCAAAACGGGGGCCUCUGCUCCAGGCGGGAACAGCUGACUCCGUCUGCGGAGUAGGCCCUAGGCUGGGGUGCCAUGCGCCGAGAUUGCUGAAUAAAAGCAGCCAUCGUUGCCAACAACAGUGUGUGGCUCCCACAUUGCUCUGUCCUGCACUCUAGGGCCAGACCACUCUCUGCAUGGACCAUAACAUCUUCCCAAACCCAUGGUGCUUUCCCCCUGACUCAACCUGGACUCCAAGGUGGGGAGGGAUGGGUCAGAGGCCACUGCGGCCCCUGGAUAAUCCUGACCUGGGGUGGAGUGGGGUGAGGCAGAGGGAGCAGCCAGUCCCCGACACCUGCACUGGGCCAUACAAGGGAAGGAAUGCAGGUUGAUUGCAGUCGAGUUGUCUGGCCAUCUGCAUUUGGAUCUGUAACUGUACUUUGCCUGGCGCUGUGCGCAAGGUCUGAAAACUUACUGCUAGUACCUAGAAACAUUCAAGGCUUCCCGGUCCAAUCUUAAUGUAAAGUAGCUAGAGCCAUGGAAGUACAGUAUGAAUUAAAAGAAAAAAAUACUGAACUACAAA